GGGAGUCACACGCGCCGCCUGAAAUCACGGCGAGGCGGCGGGGGACAGUGAGGACCCGGCCACCAUAUUACUUUAUUACGUUCAUUAUUCUCACAGCUUUUCUAGCCCAAUGGAGGCCGCGGUGCUGAAGCCCCGAAUAACGGCGGACGGCAGCUGUGGCGUCGUGAACGCGGAGAUAGAGGUGAAGAAGCUGCAGGAGCUCGUGAGGAAGCUCGAGCGGCAGAACGAGCAGCUGAGGACGCGCGCGCACGCCGUGAACACGCUCGCGAGCCCCCGCUCUCUGCCCUCGCCGCCACCUCCGCUGUCCCUCUUUUCCUCCGGAGGUUUCUGCUCCGGGCCCGGCUUCUCCAUCCACUCCGCCCUGCCCCCGUGCUGCGCGCCCGAGGAGCCUUUCCCGUAUUUCCAGCCGCACUCCGCCGCUGACACUGCGGAGGAGGCGGAGCAGGACACGGGUCUGGCGUCUGAGCCCACCGUGUUGGACGAGGUGGACUUGCUGGACCUGGAUUCUAUUUUCCAGUUCAGCCAGGAGUCCGAUGAGACCUGGCUAUAUUCAUCCUCCAUGUCAUGUUUGUGGUCUGGUGGAGACCCUCUGCAGUGGUGCAGGCAUGUGCUUGACCAUCCUCAACCAGAGGCAGAAGCAACUAGGCGAUCACUAUGUCAGAGACUUGAGUCAGUUAAUAGAUGGAGGGGUGUAUUCUCCUCCUCCUCCUCCUCCCCAUCCUCUCCUGCUUUCCCUCACAGCCGUGUAGUUGGAGUUCCCCCUCUCUGCACCUCUUCAACCUCAAAAUCCUGCUCCACUCCAGCAUCUAGCACUUCUACCUGUGAGAGACCAGCUUCAUCUACUCCCUCAUCCCUUCAUCCCUCUCUCCUUUCGACCCUGACCCCAAUUGGAAAGGACCGCUCUCCUCUAGCUGAGAGAACUCCCACUUUCCUCUAUCACCCAGCCAGUCGCAGUCGCAGUCUGCGGCGUGGUCCCUUCAGCCCGCAGUCAUCGUUGGACAGUGAGCUGAGUGCCUCCGAGCUUGAGGAUGACUCUAUCGCUCUGGGAUACAAGCUGCAGGACCUCACUGAUGUGCAAGUGAUGGCUCGACUCCAGGAGGAGAGUCUUCGCCAGGACUAUGCCACAACCUCGGCUUCUGCUUGCGUGAACAGCCGCCGCAGCGCUAGCUUCUCCUUUCAGUUUGGACAGCGGGGUGAAUGCAAUUUAGAGGAAGAGGAUGAUGAGGAUGAAGAUUAUGGCCAGCUGCCUCCGCCACAGCCCCGUCUGACCCGGACUGGACCCUUACAGCGUGGGCUGCCUCAUUCACACACCUUCACCAGCAUCAGAGACUGGCGUAUGAGUGCCCCCUCUACUCCAUCCACUCCUUCCACCCCCACCAGCCUGCCCUUCCAGAUCCCAGCCAGCCUCAGCACACCUGUUUUUACACCUGAGCAGCCCAGCCUCAGAGCCAGCUCAGCUGAGUAUGAGAAUAAACUGAGGAGGAGCAUGCCCAACUUGGUGAGGGCUCCCAGUAUGCCGAGUGUGCCAAGUCCAGCCAAUCACACGGGUUCUCCUACAUCCAUCCGGAAUAGUCAAAGCUUUGACUCCUCCAGUGGACUUGCAAGACUACAGUCCUCCAUUCCUUCCCCAGGGCAGCUCCAGAAUCGGGUCCAAAGUGUUGGGAAUUUCCCGUUGUCCUCACGCCAACCACUCAAGGCCACUGCUUAUGUUAGCCCCACUAUUAAAGGGCCCUCCAAUGUGACGACAUCAGCCAGUUCACAGCCAUUGCCCAGCAGUAGCAUUCCGUUGCCCAGCAAAGGAGGCAGUACUCAGACUCCUGGCCGCAGUGGCCUCCCACGCCCUGCAUCAUUUAUUGGGACCAGUUCCACUCCUCGGAGCAAGCUCGCUCAGCCCGUGCGAAGUUUGUUGACACCACCAAAGAGCCUGGCAACCCUCAGUGCCCUACGGGAUGCAAACUGGCGAGAUGGCUGUUACUAACGGGUCAAGUGCAGGCAGACGGGACAGAGGAGACGAGGGAGCGCCCUGCUGGCUGGGGCUGCUCACUACAUCACUAAGUGUUCUUGCCGGGUGGGCUGGGAGGGGGAUUGACUUUAUGACUCUCGUAUCUGUGAAUGGAUAAUGAGUUUAAUCCCAGAGUUCUCCCUCUGUUCCGCUUGCUUUCAAAGCUCUGUAUGCAAAAAAACGAAAAAAGUCUGUUUAAAUUCCUUUUGAGCUGCUGAAGGUCCGACAGAAUACAGAGCUAACCCACUGAUGGCGUAUUUUGAGAACAAAGUACAGAGGUAGCGCACUGCCAUGCAUCAGUUAAUCCCUAUUUUUGGUGCUUUCCCAAAAGGAGAAACACUAAACAUGCUGCUAAACAAAUCUGGCAAAAAAGUUAGUCACUUGAUAUAGAGUGCAUUGAAUUUACAAUUGCAAUAUAACUCUUCGUUUUUGUAAUUUAAAAUGAUUUUAACCAAUGACUUCACUGUUUGUGAGAACAUAAAUAAUAAUAAUCUUAGUUAAGGAGAUCAAGUGAUCUUUUUUUUUUUAUUUAAACUAAUUUAAGAACAGCUACACUGCAUAUAUUCAAUUUGAGAAACGUAAAACACUACAUUAUGUAUGAAAUUGUUAUUAAAAAUACUGUAAAAGUGAAGUUUUUUCAUUCUAAUUAUCAUUUUCAUUGUUUGGUAUUACACUGUUCAUGUGUGGGUUUUUUUUUGUUGUUUUGUUUUUUUUUUUUUUUUUUCUUCUUCUAAGGACUGAAUUUGAAUCACCUGGAUUAAGGGUUAACUUGGACAGCCACAGAUGUAGCACUGUACAAAUCUUCCUUUUUGUCUUCAUAAUAUAUUAAAACACACUUUACUCACUUUUGCACAUUACGCUGGUCUGUGUAUCACAUUUUUCCACUUACAAUGCUUUUAAAGAAUGUGUGUGUGUGUGUGUAAAGCGAAAAUAAAGGGGUUCUUAUAGUUA